ACUUACAAUAAUUGGCCCCUAACAUGGCCGACUUCCACAUGUGAUUGUGAAAUACUGCUUGUAAUUUUUGUCUGAGAGGUUGCAGUUGUGGUUUUUAAAGAUGAGUGAUACAAUUAUUGAUUCAAAAUCCGUUAAAGAAGUGGGAUCAAUCCUAGAAAACAGCGGAAAACCACUAAAUGAUAGAUUUCGAGCACUUUUUACGUUGAGAAAUCUGGGUGGGAAAGAUGCGAUUGACAGUAUAUCACGGUGUUUUACGGACCCAUCAGCUUUACUGAAGCAUGAGUUGGCGUAUUGUCUAGGACAGAUGCAGGACAAGUACGCAAUACCAAUUCUGACAACAGUCCUGGAAGAUAAAAGUCAAGAACCAAUGGUCAGACAUGAAGCUGGUGAAGCCCUUGGAGCUAUUGGAUGUGAGAGUGUCCUGCCUCUUCUGAAACAGUAUGCUGAAGAUCCUGUGAUAGAGGUUGCAGAAACAUGUCAGCUGGCAGUUCAGAGAGUUGAGUGGCUACUCAGUUCCAAGGAGAAGCUCUCCAACAACCCCUAUGCAUCUGUCGACCCAGCACCUCCUAAUGCUGAUACUGAUGUCCCCAGUCUACAGACAGUCUUACUGGAUGAGACAAGGCCUCUGUUUGACAGAUAUCGAGCCAUGUUCUCACUCCGUAAUGAUGGGAGUAAUCAGUCUGUGCUGGCACUCGCUGAAGGUUUGAAAUGCAAGAGUGCACUUUUUCUCCAUGAAAUUGCAUAUGUUCUGGGACAAAUGCAGAAUGCUGCAUGUACACAACAACUGGUUGAGAACUUGAAGGACACUGAAGAGAACCCUAUGGUGAGACAUGAGUGUGCUGAGGCUUUGGGUGCCAUAGCAACAGAGGAGUGCAUGGACAUCUUAAAGAAGUACCUUAAAGAUAAAGAGCAGGUUGUGAAAGAGAGCUGUGUUGUUGCCCUCGAUAUGAGUGAGUAUGAGAACAGUGACCAGUUUCAGUAUGCUGAUGGUCUGACCAAACUUCAACAUGGGCAACAUGGCUAAUUCUGUGAAGAAAUUAACUUUCUUUGAUUUUAAUGUAUUAACUGUAAAUAAAACGAUGAAUCUCU